AUGCAGAUUCACUGCCAACUGCCACCUUCCACCAAGAGAACCCUUCUGCCAGUGCCUCCGAACUACAACUACACCGGCAACAGGAUUCUGAGCAUCAGUGAAAGGACAGAGGUGUUUGAGGGGAAGAACAAGACGGUAGGGGUCCUGGUGGUGGCUGAGGCACAGGUUUCUGGGGUCUAUCGCUGCCUGGCUACCAACAAGGUGGGGAAGGACAGAAGAAAUGUCAACUUUAUCGUCACAGAGGUACCCAAUGGGUUCAGCAUUGAACUGGAGAGGGUCCCCACUGAAGGGGAAGACUUGAGACUGGCCUGCAAAGCCAACAGGUUCUUAUACACCGACGUUGCCUGGACCAUAGAGAGUGGGGCUGACAGCGGUGCAGGUCUGGCCCUUCCUAACAGCAGAGAGGGGGUGCAGGGGGAGUACUCAGACACUAUGCUCUUGGAGGUGAAGAACGUCUCCCAAGAGCACUCUGCCACCUAUGUCUGCACAGCGAGACACGUGCACACCGGGAAAGAGGUGCGACUGAAGAAGAGGAUUGAUGUCAUAGCCCAGGAAGCCCCUCUCCUGCUACGGAACCUGAGUGCCCAGCAGGUGAAUGUGAGCAGCUCCAUCACUCUGAGCUGCCCGGCGGAGGGUGUCCCAAACCCACACAUCACCUGGUAUAAAGACAGCCUGAAACUACAGCAGGGAUCAGGCAUCAUCCUGGCACCAGGUGGCAACCUGACCAUCAAGAGGAUCAAAGAGGAGGACGAGGGCAUGUACAAGUGCGAGGCGACCAACCAGAAAGGGUCUGCGGAGAGCUCCGCCUACAUCGCCGUCCAAGCUGCUAACCAAAGUGGAGUUCUUGCUCUGGCUGGGGGAGCAGACUCAGCAGAGAAGUCCAAUGUGGAGCUGAUAGCACUGAGCUGCUCCUGUGUGGCCGCCACACUCUUCUGGCUGCUCCUGACUCUCUUCAUCCGCAAGCUGAAAAGGCCCAGUUCUGCGGAGGUGAAGAUGGACUACCUGUCGAUCAUCAUGGACCCGGGGGAGGUGCCCCUGGACGAGCAGUGCGAGAGGCUGCCCUACGACGCCAGCAAGUGGGAGUUCCCACGAGACAGGCUAAAGCUAGGUACCAUGCGUCACCCCUCCCACUCUCCCACUGAUCAGUGCAGAGACAAUGAGGGCGCUACAGCCAGCGAGUACAAAGCCUUGAUGACAGAGCUGAAGAUCCUUAGCCACAUUGGACACCACCUCAAUGUGGUGAAUCUGCUGGGAGCCUGCACCAAGUAUGGAGGCCCUCUAAUGGUGAUCGUGGAGUACUGCAAGUACGGAAACCUCUCCAACUACCUCAAGAGCAAGAGGGACGUGUUUGUGCAGCACAAGGACUGGGCCCUGCAGCGUGAGCCGAUGAAGGAAGGUGCACCGACAGCAGGAGCUCAGAAGGAGCGUCUGGCCAGCGUGACGAGCAGCGAGAGCUUGGCUAGCUCGGGCUUUGAGGAAGACAAAACCCUGAGCGACAUCGGGGAGGAAGAGGAGGACGCCGAUUCCUUUUACAAUAAACCGAUUGUGAUGGAGGAUCUGAUUUCCUACAGCUUCCAAGUAGCGCGGGGCAUGGAGUUCCUGGCAUCCCGAAAGUGCAUCCACAGAGACUUGGCAGCAAGGAACAUCCUUUUAUCUGAGAACAAUGUGGUCAAGAUCUGUGACUUUGGCUUGGCUAGAGACAUUUAUAAGGAUCCUGAUUAUGUCAGAAAAGGAGAUGCCAGGCUUCCUCUGAAGUGGAUGGCCUUGGAAUCUGUUUUUGACAAGCUCUACACGACUCAGAGUGAUGUGUGGUCCUAUGGAGUGCUGCUGUGGGAGAUCUUCUCUUUAGGAGCUUCUCCAUAUCCUGGCGUCCAGAUCGAUGAAGAUUUCUGCAGCAGACUGAAAGAAGGGACAAGAAUGCGAGCUCCAGAGUAUGCAACACCAGAAAUGUAAGCCCUGCAGUGUAACAUUACACUGAGCGUCACUGUCAGCACAGUACACAUAGCAUACUGGGACACUGCCCAUGUGAAGUGACGCUUCACUGCCGUU